AUGGAGAGUUACUUGAGGAAAUGGUGUUUGGUUUCUGUGCUGGUUUUGCUUUUAGGUUUAGGGUUUAAGGCAAAAGCAGAUCCUCAAGUUCCAUGCUACUUCAUCUUUGGUGAUUCUUUGGUUGAUAAUGGAAACAACAAUCGUCUUAUUUCUCUUGCAAGAGCCGACUAUUUUCCUUACGGCAUUGAUUUGGGCCGCCCAACCGGCCGCUUUUCCAACGGAAAAACCACCGUCGACGAGAUCGCUGCGCUACUUGGAUUUGAUAACUACAUUCCUGCGUAUAGUAGUGUGAGUGGCCAGCAGAUAAUGCAAGGAGUCAACUACGCAUCUGCAGCAGCUGGAAUCAGAGAAGAAACCGGUCAACAAUUGGGACAAAGGAUAACAUUUAGUGGACAAGUCGAGAAUUAUAAGAACACAGUGUCUCAAGUGGUGGAGAUUCUUGGAGAUGAGAAUAGUGCAGCUGAUUACCUUAGCAAAUGCAUCUACUCUGUUGGUUUGGGAAGCAAUGAUUAUCUUAACAACUACUUUAUGCCUAAUUUUUACUCUACUAGCAGACAGUACACUCCCGAACAGUACGCUGAUGAUCUUAUCAGCCGCUACACAAACCAGCUCAAUGCACUAUACAACUAUGGAGCUAGAAAGUUUGCAUUGGUAGGAGUGGGAGCCAUCGGUUGUAGCCCAAACGCGCUCGCAACAGGCAGCCCCGAUGGAACAACUUGCGUAGAGCGUAUCAACUCAGCUAAUCGAAUCUUCAACAGCAGGCUUAAGUCUAUGGUCCAACAGCUCAACAACUAUCACCCUGAUGCUAAAUUCACCUACAUUAAUGCCUAUGGUGUUUUCCAGGACAUAAUCGCCAAUCCAUCUUCUUAUGGGUUUAGUGUUACGAACGCUGCAUGUUGUGGAGUUGGAAGAAACCAAGGUCAGCUAACAUGUUUACCAGGAGAAUCCCCGUGCCCGAACCGGGAUGAGUUCGUGUUUUGGGAUGCGUUUCAUCCAACGGAUCGUGCGAACACGCUCAUUGCGCAGAGAUCCUACAAUGCGCAAUCUUCUGACGACGUUUAUCCAAUUGAUAUCUCUACGUUGGCACAGCUCUGA